AAUAUGCGUGGAUUCAUUGCUUUGGUUAGUGGGGGCAAAGACAGCAUCUUCAGCAUAAUGGAGUGUGUUGCACAUGAAUACAAACUAGAGGCAGUUGUCAACCUUUCACCGACGCCUGAAGGCUCUCACCCUGUAGAAAUCGAUAGUUAUAUGUAUCAAAGUGUGGCCAGCGAAGGAGUUAGACUGAUUGCCGAAGCUCUACAAGUGCCUUUAUACCAAUUCCCAAUCAGCGGAAAGCCUUAUUGUCAGAGUCUGCAAUAUGAGGAGUCCGCAGAUGAUGAGGUGGAGGACCUUUUUCAAGCCUUGUCCAAAGUCAAGGCGGACUUCCCCUCAGUCCAUUUCAUAUCCAGUGGGGCUAUUCUAUCGGACUAUCAACGCAUCCGGGUUGAGCACGUGGCGUCCCGUCUUAGAUUACAACCCAUAGCAUUCCUUUGGCAGGUUCCUACAGAUAAUCUCAUUCGUGCGAUGCUCGCCGCCUCUUUGGAUGCAGUCAUCGUGAAGGUAAGCGUUUUUAUUCAACGUACACCUUAUUUGUUGUUUGCUCAGGACAAACCGGCAGAAAGCGUGCGCACUUCAACAGCUGAUAUACUAUCUAUUGAGGGCGUGGAUCCGUUUUCUGAGGAACCGAAGUUACUUCGACCGUUCAUGUCCCCAAUCGAUCGUCUGCGUGAUCUGCGCCAUCAACUUACCCUGGAGAUCCGGAACGAUAGGACUCGUUGCCAACUAAAUUCACAAUGUGUUCCACUGUCAAAUCCAAGGACAAAUGUGCCAACCUCAAAAGUUGAAUCCAAAUUUCAGACCUUCGGAAAUGGUGAAUUUUGGGUUACUACCAUCUGUGUGGGGAUUGAAAAGCCAGUAAAUAGCGGUGACCUCAAAGUCCUUGGUUCGUUGACAAAACAGGUCACUCAAGUAGCCAUCUCCGAACUUCAAAGUCAGUUGGGUCACGCCAAUCUCCAGACGGACUGUAUCAUUCACAACUUGGCGGUAUUAAAUCAGUCAUUGAGCUCCGAAGUCUUUACCGCAUUUAACGAGGCAUAUGUCGAUGAAUUUGGUUUGCCCUGGGAGACGGCCACGCGAGACGGUGGGGAACCACGUUCCUAUCCUCGCAUUUUCCCGCCAACCCGAGCGUGUGUCAGUGUGAACCGUUUGUUGGGACCUGGAGGCCAGUGCUUCGAGAAUUCUACCUCUGUGGCCGUGAGCUUGACGGCUGUUGUACACCCUUCGCCUUCGAACCAACCAGCAGCACUCACAGGCUUGUGUCGUGGCCUUCAUGUCCGUUCGUUAUCGCACUGGGCCCCUGCUAAUAUUGGACCUUACAGCCAAGCGUUGUCUUUUACCCGUCUGGGUUCGUCGACCGAAUUGGAACGCGUUGAAGAUACUACAGAAUGGACUUUCUAUUCGGGACAGAUCGGGUUGAUCCCAGAAACGAUGACCCUGCCGCAGUUUGAUAGUUCCUGCGCGGAAGACGCCGGUGAUGAGGACUGCCAGUGGAACAGAUCCCUGCGUACACAGUGCUUAUUGGUUAUUCGGCAUUGUCAUCGUACACUAAAGGCCAUGUCGUCUGCAGUAUGGAGUGAUCUUGCCGUUGGUAUUUGUUACGGAACCUCAUCUUCAGCACUGCGGUGUGCGAGACAGACCUUCCAUGAUGCCGUGUGUGACCUGUGGUAUGAUUCACACGCAUCUGAAGAGAAGCCCACGAUUCCAUUUCCGAAGGAGAACUGUCUAGUCCAAUGUUUGUGUGAAUCACAUAUUGCUUGGCUUAUUGUUUCUGACCUUCCAAAGCAAGCGUCUGUCGAAUGGCAGUUGGUGACUCGGUCGCCGUCAUGCCUGCAGGUUGACGGACCUCCAGUUCGUUACGAUUCUUACGACGCACUUACUGGUUCUGGUGCGUCGCUUAUCUUCUGUCCGGUGGACUAUAUGCCCAGACAUUGUUAUCUCAACGUGAUACCAAUUAUGGGGAUUUUGAACCAAUCAGAUGCGGCCGUCGGCCUAUAUCUCUAACACAGUUCACUAUCGUUGCG